AACAGUUGGCUUUAUCUUUCGUUUAGAAAUCUUCAAAUAGCUUCUUUUACCUCAUCACAAUGCCCCAGUCGUCUCUGGUAUCUCUUCAGAUACCAGCACAGCCGCGUACCCCGAAGCAAAAGCCUUUGAGCCUGCAACCCAGCCCCUGCCCCAGAUGCUUCCAAGGUUCUGUUUUCAGGUUUCUUAUAUCCCCGAAAGAGACGAUAGUUUCAUGCGAUAACUUAGAGUGUGAUUACCCCUUCAAAUGCCCACAAGCCACAAGAGACCAUGAUCUCAAAGUUGAGCUACAAGGCACAUCCUCCAAGCGUCAACGUAUCGAUAAUCUAUUUCAACCCACUACAACGCAGGAUAUCUUGGACAGCUGCUACCAAAAGAUUAAACUGUUUAACGGCACGGACCUCACGGUGUCCAGUGAAAUUUUGGAGAGCUCGAGGAGGGAGAAAAAUCCCUCGGGUGUCAAGGUUGAAGUGAAACUUGAAUCGAGCGAGGACAUUCUAAUGCAGCUCCUCGCUGACCAUACUGCUAUGGCGGUGUCCAGGGACGAAGAAACGACAGGGGUUGGGUCAAAAAGUCUAUAUAUAGAUGACAGGAUUGCAUCCUUUAUCACCAACCAGCCAUCAAAGACUUGACUGUUUUCCUUGAGCAAAUGAAUGUCAUCCCAAACACAACGACUUGUACCAAUUCGCCGAUACGUCAUUUAGUCAGCUCUAUCUUGCGAAUCUUCACCCGAUAAAAUAUCGAUGCAUGUAGCAAUGGUUUGGAUCUCAGUGAAAGAUAAUUUUGCUCCACCUGGUAAAUCACAGACUUAACCAUAGUUCACUCAAUAUUAGUAUAGCAGCUGUAGCCACAUACUAUACAGAAAAAUAUAUUUUGUA